UUUAGCCCCGCCUACCAUGAUGUGACGCUAACUGCCGUGACGCAAGAGCCAUCAGCUGUUUUUGUUUUGCUCCUGUUUGGGUCAUUACGGAUCUUCGGCAGUGUGAGGCGGCUCCAGCGGAUCCGGGGGCUCCGGUGAAGGCGGGGCCGGGCGGAGGUCGCCGGAGUUCGGCAUGGAGAGCGGAGAUGGAGGCGGAGGAGCCCGCGGCCCGGCACUGCGCUGCGCCUCCUUCAACCAGGACUCCACGUCGCUGGCUGUGGGUACUAAGGAAGGUUACAGACUGUUCUCCGUCACCGCCGUGGAUAAACUGGAGUGUAUUCAUGAAAGCACAGAGAAUCCGGACGUCUACAUCGUGGAACGUUUGUUCUCCAGCAGCCUGGUGGUGGUGGUGAGCCACUCGAUGCCGCGACGCAUGAACGUCUAUCAUUUCAAGAAAGGAACGGAAAUCUGCAACUACAGCUACUCCAACUCCAUCCUCGCCGUGCGCCUCAACCGACAGAGGCUGGUGGUUUGUCUGGAAGAGUCCAUUUACAUCCACAACAUAAAGGACAUGAAGCUUCUGAAGACUCUUCUGAACACACCCCCCAACCCCUCAGGUCUCUGUGCUCUCUCCAUCAACCAUUCCAACUCUUACCUGGCAUAUCCCGGCAGCGCCACCAUCGGAGAAAUCAUCGUCUACGACGCCAACAAUCUGAGCACAGUGACCGUGAUUCCAGCCCACGACAGUCAAUUAGCCGCCAUCACCUUCAACGCCUCAGGCACCAAACUGGCCAGCGCCUCAGAGAGGGGCACAGUGAUCCGAGUGUUCUCCAUUCCAGAGGGACAGAGACUGUUUGAGUUCCGCAGAGGAAUGAAAAGAUACGUGAACAUCAGCUCCCUGUCCUUCAGUCCUGAUGCUCAGUUCCUGUGUGCCUCGAGCAAUACUGAGACGGUUCACAUCUUCAAACUAGAGCAGCAUGGACACAGCGGGGAGGAGGAGAACCCCUCGUGGUCAGCGUACGUGGGGAAGAUGUUUUCGGCGGCGAGCAGCUACCUGCCCGCACAGGUUUCAGGAAUGAUGAGUCAGGAUCGAGCGUUCGCCACGGUCCGCCUCAACACACACGGCCACAAACACACCUGCACUUUAACAAUAAUCCAGAAGCUUCCGCGGCUCCUCGUAGCCUCAUCUGAAGGGCAGCUCUUUAUUUAUAACAUUGACCCCCAGGACGGGGGCGAGUGCACGCUGGUACACACACACAGGCUGUUAGGAUCGGAAGAGGAGGCUGAGGUGUCUGAGGGAUCGGCGGCUCCUUCCUACGCUGCGACCGCGGCCAUUGGCACCUGUGGACCCGUCUCUGCCACACUAACUGGAUAUUCCGAGGACGGAGGAGUGAUGAAAGGCGAGGUGAUUCCCGAGCACGAGUUCGCCGCCGGUCCCGUGUGUCUGGACGACGAGACCGAGUUCCCUCCAAUAAAUCGGUGUCUUGGCGGAUCCCGUCGUGGCAGAACCGGCCGUCCGUGAGAGCCUUCAAGCCGGAGCGGGACGACCCUCAGUACACGAGCCGGGACUAAUUAACGCGUUUCAGGAAUAAUUAACCCAGUUCCGGACUAAUCCAACUCAUUUCAGGGUGCUAACCUCACGAGCAGAAAAAGCAUCAGGAGGGCGUGGUCGUUGUUGCUCGCUCUCCUGAAGGGUGUGUUAUAUGCAUGAACAAACCGUAACCACGGACACGACACACAUUUCUUGAAGAUGUAAAACUGUAGCAUCGUAUUAUAUUAUAUUAUAUUAUAAUGAUAUUGUUUUAUUCGUUUAUGUUUAACAUCGUCAUAUUUACAGAUGGAAUUUGUUUUUUUGUUGUUUUUAACGUAUUUGCUGUAUUAAUACCUAAUCCAUGUUUACACGUCAUCAUCCUGAACACUAAUACAACAGGAUGUGCUUUUAAAUGUACGUGCCUAUGAUUUUAUUUGUAUUUCGCAGAAUUGCUGGAAGACCAAAAAAAAUAAAUAAAUAAAAAUUAAAAAGAAACUGUAGAAAAUAGGAAUAAAAUUAUGCAAAGCA